GCGACCGCCACGAUGGCCAAGCAUCAUCCGGAUCUGAUUAUGUGCCGCAAACAGCCUGGUGUUGCCAUUGGCCGACUUUGUGAAAAAUGUGAUGGCAAGUGUGUCGUUUGUGAUUCCUACGUGCGCCCUUCUACUCUUGUACGCAUCUGUGACGAGUGCAACUACGGCUCGUACCAAGGUCGCUGCGUGAUUUGUGGUGGACCAGGCGUGUCCGACGCCUACUACUGCAAGGAGUGCACCAUCGAGGAGAAAGACCGCGAUGGAUGCCCGAAAAUUGUGAAUUUAGGUGCUGCUCGAACAGAUCUCUUCUACGAGCGGAAAAAGUACGGCUUCAAGCCCAGAUAGCUCUACGCCCCCCUCGACUGGCGACUACUGCUGCCGUGGCUCUCUGGCCCUGCCUUGCAACUUUUCUUCUGCUGGUGUUAGUGUAGUUGUUGCCAUUGUUGUCUCUGCUUCGUUUUCCUGUCUCUCCUCGGUUGAUUUGUAUUUGUCUCAGUACAAGCGUGCGUGCGGGUUGGUGUUUUCGUUUGUUCUCUCUCUCUCUCUCUCUCUCUCUCUCUCUUUCUCUCUGUCUCUUACACUCUCUCCCUUGGACGCUUUUCUUCCGCCCCCACCUUGUGCUUUUCUUCAAGCUUGCUUUCCUUUUUCUUUCUUCUUGUUUCUUUACACGGAUUGGCGGGCGAGGCAUGCCUCGAUGCUGGUUGUAUUUUGGCUUUUUCCGGUCUUGCUGUGCAACAUCGCUUGUUUCCUUGAGAUCCGCGUCGCUGCCGUGUCUUCGCGUGAAUCACGGGGUUUCAAAAGUCGCUCUCUCCCAGUUGCGAACGUUUUCAAACGAUGGCUCCCAUGAGAAUUGAUAAUCAGAC